AUGGCUAAAUCCGCGACGGCCCAAAGCCACUCCACCCACGAUCCCGCGAUCGACAUGGUGGCACCACCACCUCUCACCACUGUGCCACCUACCAGACCCUCAGCUGGAUCUAGCAACCUCCGUGGCACCGCCACCGAGCAUGGUGGAACCUCCCAUCAAGGUGGGCUCGUUACCACCACUGACUUAGGCCCGGUCUUGGAGCAACUUCAAGCAUUCCCUCCAUCGCCUCCACGCUCGAUGCACUCUCCUGCAUACACCUCCAAUGAAACCCUAGCCCGAGUGCAAUUAGGCUCCACACACUUCUCUCAUCUCGAUCCACGAAGUCAAGCAGAUCUUAAUCUGAGAGUUCACCAGCUAGCUCAGAUGAUGGACGACCAAACCCUGGUGAGGCAGCUCCUCAACCAAAUAAACUUUGUUCAAAACCUUGGCCUUGGACAACCAGGCGAAGAGAGAAGGAUGGAUGAACGCACCGAUCGGCAGCUCAAUGGGUACCAAGCAGGCCCCCAGGGAGGUCAACCUAGUAACCCUCACAAUGAGGACCGUGAAGAAAGACACUCCACUACCCGCUCUCAGAGAACCAAUUCUCGUCCCCAAGCUACCGAAAAUCCAUCGCAAGUGCAGUCCACCAACACGCCUCCUAGGCAGCGUGGACAAGGGGGUCGACCCUCGCAGACCAACGAAGAGGUCAAUCAGCAUUGCUCAAAUGGCGAAGGUCGCCAACGUGAUCGACUAGCAAUGUGUGCGGAAGACAUUGAGAAGGUUGUGAAUGACCGACUUCGAGACUUGAAGACUGGUGGGAACCUCGAGGAUGCGCUACGUAAGGAGAUGGACCAGGCGAUCUAUACACAUUUCACCCCUGAAAUCGAGCAGGCUGCUCCCCUAAAGCGAUUCUCAACACCUUCAUUUAUACACUUCAAAAGGGAUUCCGAUCCCGAAAGCCACCUAAAACACUUCAAAAGUGUCAUGAUGCUCCACAAGGCCGACGACGCACUGAUGUGCAAGGUGUUUACAAUGACCUUGGGAGGAGCAGCUCAUGACUGGUUCCACACCCUACCAUCCGGAUCGAUCACCAGCUUCAAGGAGUUGGCUUACGUCUUUACCAAAGAAUACACCUCUUACCGGAUGAUCAAUAAGAACCCUAACCACCUUUAUAACCUGUGCAAGAAGUCCGACGAAUCCCUUCGAGAUUACAUCAAGAGAUUCAAAGCAGAAACGGCCAACAUUGUAGGAUGUGACGACUGGAUCGCGUCAUCUGCCUUCAAGAAAGGUCUUCCAGCUGAACACGACUUGUACCGCGAGCUGACUAUCACUCCCAGCCAGACUCUGGCAGAGGUCUACGCGACUGCAGAACAUUACGCACUCUGGGAUGACGAUCGAAUCGCCGUAAAAAAGUUUACAAAGCAGGAAGAUCAGUCGACUAAACGGGCAGGCCAAAGAAGCGAUGGAUUUAGCAACAAGAAUAAGGACAAGCGCAGGUCACGCCUACAAGGGGACGCUAAGGCAGGAGAGAACUACACCAAGUUCACCAUCCCUAUACAUCAAAUCCUAGCCCAAAAAGCACACCUUGAAGAACUCGUGAGAGAAGGCCGCUGCACGGAAUUCAUUGCGAAGGAGGCCAUCCAACGGAUUGAAGAUCAUGACACCGCCAAGGAGCUACCCCAAAAGGUCAUAAGGAUUAACACAAUCCUGGCCGACUCCGAGGAAACUGGGCUGACCAGUAAGGAAAAGAAGAGGAAGAUCGGACAGGCCACUUUGAUCUCCCAAGUCUCGACCGACCUUCCGCUAGCAGAAGACGAUCCUGUAAUCAGCUCCCAAAAGAAAGAUAUGAUCAGCCUCGACGCGCCACAUAACGACGCCCUUGUCAUCAGCAUUCAAAUUGCUCAUGCCAUGGUCGACCGAAUCCAUGCAGACGAGGGCAGUGCAGCCAACAUCCUACAAUUGGCGGUCAUCCAACAGAUGGGCUUAGAGACAAAGAUCAAUAAAUCAGCCAAGUCGCUAACUGGCUUCAAUGGCGCAACAACGGUUACCGUGAGCACAAUAGAUCUCGACGUCCACUCCCCACCAGUAUAUCAGCUCGCAAAUGUUCAUGGUCAUUGGUGA